CCCGGCUAUUCUUUAACUCAGGCGCAGCUGAAAGUGCCAGUUAAUAGUUUCGUUUAAUCAGAUUUGCAGAAAAAGAAAGCGAAACUUAAAAAGGGAGGCAGCUGGCACUUACUCUCAACUAUUUAAACUCUUCCAUUUCCACAAACACACACACAGCAUUAGAUACCCUGCAGCAGCCUGCACAAUCCACUGAUAACAUAAGCUUUACCAUCAGGACAACAAUGCCUGAGGAGGAACUUAACAGACUGGAGUGUCACUUUACCUGGAACUUACAUAAGGAGGAUGUUGAUCUUAAUUUCCAGGAGAUCAAAUUCACAGAGAGUCUGUCUGUGGAAAAUCAGGACAGAGAGAAUUUCACACUGAAAUAUCUCAAUUUUCUGGCCUACAUUAAACACUUGCAGGGUUUCAAUGAUAAGGCACUUGAGUAUUUGGAAAAAGCAAAAGAAAUUUCAGUUUCCAUUGUUACGUAUGGAAAUUUAGCUUGGCUUCACCAUCACAUGGCUAAUGAUGCACAGGUUCGAGUUUAUUUGGAGAAAUUGAUGGAAAUUUCUGGUGCUGUCUCUGAUCCAGCAGAAGCUGAGUUGAUCCGUGAGGUAAAGAGUCAAAAGGCAUGGUCUCUUCUGUGGUUCUCCAAAAAGCACUACAGCAGGGCCAAAGAAUGCUUUCAGGAGGCCCUACAGCAAGAACCCAAAGACAAGGAGUGGAACACUGGCUAUGCCUUCUCCCUGUUCAACCUGGAGGGCCUGGAGAUCAGGGAGGAUAUGCGUGUGCCUUUCGAAGAGUCGUCUGCAGUGGCCCAGCUGAAGAAAGCUCUGAAUCUGGACCCAGACAAUGCCAUGAUCCAUGUCUACCUGGGGCUGAAGUGUAACAAGAACAAGAGGAACGCUGAGGCAUGGGUGCACAUGAGGAAAGCUUUAAAAAUGGCCCCAUACGACCUUAACAUAGUCUUGUUUGUUGCCAAGUUCAUGAAGAAGGAGCAGUGUUAUGACAUGGCAAUGGAGGUGCUGCACAAAAUGCUGAAGAGAGCUCCAGACUCCUCCCGUCUGCAUCAUGAACUUGCCAACAAUUACCGCUGGAAAGCCCAGCAGAUAAAGGAUAUACACAACCCACAUCUCCUGCGUCUCUGCGUCCACCACGCGGAGGAGGGCGCUCGACUCAAUCCAGAUUUUCUGUAUCCGCAGAUGGAGCUAGCGCUCAGGUAUUCUGAACUGAAGAACUACCUAAAAGCAGAGCAGAAGUUCCAGGAGCUGUUUGUCCACCCAAAUUUGAAGCCAGCUGAUCUUCAGGCUUGGCAUCGCCAUUACGGAGACUUCCAAAUGUACCGCCUGGGCUCAGAGGCUACAGCUGUAAAGCAUUAUAAAGAAGGCCUGGCACUGCAAAACAUCUCCACUGAAUGGAAGCAGUGCAGAAACAGACUGUAUAAAGUCCUCCGCAAUGACCGAAAAAAUGUGUACCAGAUUCGGGAGCUGAUGAAUUCUUUAAGGAGAGAAAACACUGGGAAUAGUGAGGAGUAGACAGCAUUUGAGAUGAGUCAGAUAAAAAAAAACAUGUAUGUUUAUUUUUGACCAUAUUUAGUUUCUCCAUCAUUGGAACCAUCUAGCUGCUUUAAAUACUAGAGCUGUGUAUCAGAAAGAAUCUGAAGAUACGAUACCCAUCACAAUAUAUUGGGAUAUUGUUGGCCAAAAUUAUAUAUUUAUAUUUUCAAGUUUUCUAAAAAAAAAAAAAAAAACGAUUAUACUAUUAAAACACACCAUCGUAUAUGUGCAGAGAUUCAGAGUAGGAGGAAACCUUUCUAUUCAUCCAAUCAGAACAGUGGGAUCUGAAGACGGGAAACUUGAUUCUAAAUGAACCUAAAUUAAGUCUUUCAAUCGAUAGUGUGUUUUUAAGAAAUUAUACAGUAUAGCAAAGCAAAAUAUCAAGAAACUUAGAUUAAUCAAUAUUCGUGUACAUUGUUAAUAAUUAUGGAUAAUUAUAUCAUUACAAAUACUAUAAAAGGACUUGGAAUAAAGAAUCAUUACACUGCCUUUCAUACAAAUUAAGAGCAUUUUCUCAUUGGACAGCAAUAUUAUUUAUGAACUGUAACUGUCAUUAUGUCUAACAUAUAGACAUUUAAAUGAUUAAGAGCUUUAAUUUAUAUACAUAUCAGUAUUUCCAAACAUAUGACUAAUUAGUCUUUAACCAAGAAUUUCAGCUACGAAUCAUUCAGGCAUAUAACAGUACUACUACAAGUUAUAAAAUGGCUUAAGGUGGAGCACUGCGCAUAUUUGUGGUUUGUUUGUACUGACACACCCAUUCUAACCUCAAACUGGGCUUGUUUAUUACCUGAAGAGUUUAACCCAGUGUCUAAGAACAGUAAAAAAGGGAAAUUGUAUUCUACAAUUGUAUGUAUGUUCUAUAGUCAAUAAUCUAAUAAAGGCUAUACUGGGAAACAUUGGGGCAUUCAGUUAGCUUGUUUGUUUUACACAAAUCCAUGUAAACACAUCUAAUGCAAUUUUCUGUUUUUACUUUAGUUAUUGCUAUAAAAUAUAUGUGUAUUUAUACUAAACAUCAUAUGAAACAUCCUAUGUAACCAAACGUUGUCAACACAUUUUUUUAAAAAUGUAGUCUUUACCCAAUAAAUAAAUAUUUGAAUGUA